GAGAACAAGUGCACGGUUGGGGUUGGAAGACCAGAAAAUGAGUCUGAUCAGGGGACAGGUCCCUCCAACCCCUUACAGAUGGCCUUCACUUUGGAUUCUGUUCUUUCAGCUCUGCUUUCCUCAUGACUGGCUUACCCUUUCAGCAGCUAUGGAGGACAGGGUGCUGAAAGUGUGUCGAACUGGAGAAACGUGUGUGAUUGAGCUGAGAGGACGCGUUCCUGUCCUGGAGAAUGAUGACAUUCGCUGGGUACGAGACAAUUGGCAAAUUAGCAAAAAACAAACUAUAAUAGCCCCUCAGAACUAUAAGUAUAACAUGUUUAAAAAUGGCACGCUUCAAAUUUACGAUGGGCAAAUGGAAGACUCUGGGAAUUACUCUGUGAGUGUAUAUGAGAAACAAACUGGAAACCAAAAAAUAAUGCAGCUUACUAAGCUCACAUUCCUGAAGCCAGUGUCUGAUCUGAGGGUCACGACUCUCUGUGCCGAAAGAGGAAACAACUCUGUCACCUGUAGUGUUGGGAAUGGAGACAAUCUCCAUUUCCUGUGGAUGUGGAAUGGAACCAAUCAGAGCUUGGCAUCGCUGCAGUCAAACAAACACACCAUUCACUUUGAGGACCACACACCUGAAGAUCUUGUCUGUGUGGCAUUCAACGCUGUGAGCAGAAGCCAAGGAGCUGCCCCAGUGUGCCGAGGAUAUUUACCAACAUUCACAGCUGUGGGCAUUUUUCUAACCAUGGCUAUGUGCUCCAUGUUGAUGGGAACCGUGAGAAAGAAUAACAAAGCUAAUGUCACUGAGGAGAAUAUCUACAUUGAUAUGAGCGGCAUUAGACAAACCCGAAUACCUUUGGACUCUGGAAAUCCGCCUUCAGAAAGUUCAGAUUAUGAGUACUGCAAGCCUUUGGUUUCCACCCUGCCAACGUCAACGCCGUCUCAGGAACCAGGAUGACACAAUGACAGGACAGCGGGACAACAGAACGACAGGAGACACAAACAGUCUCUCAGAAGCUUGAAAUAAUUUUUCAGAAAAUGCUUAAGCAGCAUAAUAAAGUGUGUAAGCAAUAAUCAAUAAUCAAUAAUGACAUG